GUCCUUCUUCUUCCCGCAGCAGCCGGCGCUCUGGAAGCUUCUGUCAGGCUCCGGGCGACGCCUCUCUAAUCCGAGUCCAUCCGAGCCAGUACCGCCGUGUUUCAGCCUCCGGCAUCCCCUCUCCCCCCGAGAACACUUCCUCCGACAUCCUCCAUCGAUUAUUAGGCGAAGAUGCCCGAAGCGAUGGCGGCACCGAAAAUGUCUAGCGGAGGCAAAAACAAAGGAGGGGCGUAUGUGGACCGCGACAAGCCGGCCCAGAUCAGGUUCAGUAACAUCUCCGCUGCCAAAGCCGUUGCAGAUGCCAUCAGAACGAGUCUGGGACCCAAAGGCAUGGACAAGAUGAUCCAGGAUGAGAAAGGUGACGUGACCAUUACCAACGAUGGAGCCACCAUCCUCAAGCAGAUGCAGGUUCUCCACCCUGCUGCCAAAAUGCUGGUGGAGCUGUCCAAAGCUCAGGACAUCGAGGCCGGAGACGGCACCACGUCCGUGGUGGUGAUCGCCGGAGCCCUGCUGGACGCCUGCUCCAAACUGCUGCAGAAAGGUAUCCACCCCACCAUCAUCUCCGAGUCCUUCCAGAAGGCGGUGGACAAAGGCGUGGAGGUGCUGACGUCCAUGAGCCGGCCGGUGCAGCUGAGCGACCGCGACACGCUGCUCAACAGCGCCACCACGUCGCUGUGCUCCAAGGUGGUGUCGCAGUACUCCAGCCUGCUGGCGCCCAUGAGCGUGGACGCCGUCAUGCGCGUGAUCGACCCGGCCACGGCCACCGGCGUCGACCUGCAGGACAUCAAGAUCAUCAAGAAGCUGGGGGGAACCAUCGACGACUGUGAGCUGGUGGACGGCCUGGUGCUCACCCAGAGGGUGGCCAACACCGGCACCACCCGGGUGGAGAAGGCCAAAAUCGGGCUGAUCCAGUUCUGCCUGUCCCCUCCCAAAACCGACAUGGACAACCAGAUCGUGAUCUCCGACUACGCCCAGAUGGACCGUGUGCUGCGGGAGGAGCGCGCCUACAUCCUCAACCUGGUGAAGCAGAUCAAGAAGGCCGGCUGCAACGUGCUGCUCAUCCAGAAGUCCAUCCUCAGGGACGCCCUGAGCGACCUCGCCCUGCACUUCCUCAACAAAAUGAAGAUCAUGGUGGUGAAGGACAUCGAGAGGGAGGACAUCGAGUUCAUCUGCAAGACCAUUGGAACCAAACCCAUCGCCCACAUCGACCACUUCACCCCCGAGAUGCUGGGAACGGCGGAGCUGGCGGAGGAGGUCAACCUGGAUGGAUCCGGAAAACUGAUCAAGAUCACGGGAUGCAGCAGCCCUGGGAAGACGGUGAGCAUCGUGGUGCGAGGCUCCAACAAGCUGGUGAUCGAGGAGGCGGAGCGCUCCAUCCACGACGCGCUGUGUGUGAUCCGCUGCCUGGUCAAGAAGAGGGCUCUGAUCGCCGGCGGCGGCGCCCCGGAGAUCGAGCUGGCCGUGCGCCUGGCCGAGUACUCGCGCACCCUGGGCGGCAUGGAGGCCUACUGCGUGCGGGCGUACGGCGACGCCCUGGAGGUGAUCCCCUCCACGCUGGCCGAGAACGCCGGCCUGAACCCCAUCUCCACGGUGACGGAGCUCCGCAACAGACACGCCCAGGGAGACAAAGUCGCCGGCAUCAACGUCCGCAAGGGAGGGAUCUCCAACAUCCUGGAGGAGCUGGUGGUUCAGCCGCUGCUGGUGUCCAUCAGCGCUCUGACGCUGGCCACGGAGACGGUCCGCAGCAUCCUGAAGAUCGACGACGUGGUGAACGUCCGUUAGGCCCGUCCACUGAGUCCUGUCCGUGCUGCGAGAGUCGGAGAACCCUGUCGACGUCGGUCUGCUCAGAUUCCCGCUCAACUUGUUACGUUGCAUAAUUUAAAUAAAAGCGGCUCGUUUUUUGUUGACACUCCA